GUUCAGUUCAGUUGGAGCAGCGUAGCGGAUCACUGCUGUUUGCGAGAAGUCCAUCUUGAGCGCCAUGAACCGCUACUACCUCAUUCCUUGGAUGCUCGCGGUAUUGCUGAUCAACGAGUGUAGCAGUUUGUUGUUGGUCGCACCGAAAGUGAUUCGUCCGCAGCAGAAUUAUACGAUCGUGAUCAGUCACUUUGGUGCCAGUGAUAGUGUCCAGCUGAGUGUCCGUUUGGAAGGCAUCGAGACUGGGGCUGGCAGAUCCUCGCUAAACCUCACCAAGCUCACCACCGUGCAGAAAAACGCAAAUGCAGUGGUUCACUUGAGCAUUCCCGAUCAGCUGGCACAAACCAGCAGCUACAAACUGACUGUCGACGGUCAGCAAGGUUUCCGUUAUCAUCGUGAGACGGACCUCGAGCUCAAGGCCAACACCGUAACCGGUCUGAUCCAGCUUAGCCAGCCCGUCUACAAACCGGGCGAUACGGUUCAGUUCCGUGCGAUCGUGCUAGACAGCGAGUUGCUGCCGCCCCAAGGAGCACCAAACACUGGCGAUAACGUGCGCGUAACGGUAGAGGAUCCAAACGGGAACGUGAUACGCCGUUGGCCCGCUGCCCGCCUUCAGGCUGGAGUUUUCGCGGAUCGACUCACUAUCGCGGCCACACCCCUGCUCGGUGAUUACAGCAUCAGCGUCACGUCCGGCCACGAUGGUCAGCGUGUGCUGUGCAGCAAAUCGUUCUCAGUGCACGAAUACGUACUGGCAUCGUUCGAUGUAGACGUCCGGCCAGCUACGGUGCCACUGGAGGCACAUCAGGGCCUAAACCUUACGCUAACGGCACAGUACAACGUGGGAUUACCGGUACAGGGGACGGCACGCGUUGAACUCUAUCUCGAGGAUGACAUCCUGGAUCAAAGCCGCACGGUGCAGCUCAUUGGGAGUGCCGUGCUGCAGCUCCAUUUCCAGUCGGAGCUUUUGAUCAUCGAGGAAGACCGUCAGAGUGUGCGCGUGAAUGUCACCUUCACCGAGCAGCUCACGAAUCGAACCAUUUCGAAGCAGCGCUACAUUACCGUCUACAAGCACCAGUAUCGUGUGGAACUGCACAAGGAAGCGCCAACCUUCCGUCGGGGAUCUUCGUUCUCGUGUUCACUGAAGGUCGUACAGCAAGAUGGUCGACCGGCAAGCGGCAUUGCAGUUAAUGUGAUUAUGGAGGGACUAAAAGAACCGUUUGAUAAGCGUUUCACCACGGAUGCGGCCGGAGUAAUCAAACUCGUGCUACCGACGAGCAAAUCUGCGGAGUACAUCGAAGUUGAGGCACUGAUCGAUGGUAAUCAGCUGCUAGAGGAAACGAUAGACGCGUCGCAACAGGAUGGCGGAGCAAUGCUGAAGGUCACACUGGAUGCUCCAUUGAAGCUUGAUCACGACAUUUCUCUGCUGGUGACGUGCUCAAAGGGCACAACCUUCUACCUUUACUACGUGCUUUCGAGAGGAAACAUCAUUAAUUCAGGGUACGUUCCACUAAGCAAAGACUCGGUCUCGCAUCGUCUGCAGCUGAAGCCUUCCGAUCGGAUGCUCCCAAAGUCCACCGUGAUCGUGGCCACCGUGGUCACCGCAAGCCGGGUGGUGUUGUACGAUUUCGUCGAGCUCGACUACCAGGCACUUCGCAACAAUUUCACGAUGAAAUUAGACAAAACGGUGCUAAAACCGGGACAAGAUCUGCAAUUGCGAAUGUCAGGCCGUGCUGGAUCGUUCGUCGCGCUGGCCGCUUACGACAAAAGUUUGCUGCAGUUCGGCCAACAGCACGAUCUGUUCUGGAAGGAUGCACUGGCCGCACUCGCUGGCUUCCAUGCGAUCGAUGACAACAGCUUUGAUCCUUUUCAGCGCUUCGGUCUAAUCGUUCAAACCCUGGAUGGAGUUUCACUUGACAGUGGCAACACAAAAACUGGCCGCGAGGGAGCUCCAGCCAGGAAAACCAAAGCGAAGCCAACUGUCUCCUUUAGGAGCAACUUCCUGGAAUCGUUUCUCUGGACGACUUUAAACAUGCCGGCCUCUGGAUCCACCGAGCUAUCCCAAAAGGUACCGGACACUACCACAGCCUGGUACCUGACCGGUUUCUCCAUCGAUCCCCUGCACGGACUCGGUAUCAUCGAGCAGCCGCUCCAGUUCAUCACCGUCCAACCGUUCUACAUUGUCGACAGUUUGCCGUACUCUGUGAAGCGUGGUGAAGCGGUCGUCCUUCAGUUCAGUCUUUUCAGCCAGCUUGCGACGACUCAGAAGGCCCAAGUGACACUCUAUACUGUGGCCAAUCGAACGGAGAUCGUCGGUCAACCGGUUACAGCACAAAGCCUCACCAAGACGGUCACCGUUCCGCCGAACGUUGGUGUGUCGGUCACCUUCCUGGUAAAAGCGCGCGCCAUCGGUGAGAUGGUGGUACGCGUCAAAGCCGCCUGUGGCAGCGAAGUGGACGAACUGGAGAAGGUGAUCCGCGUUGUGCCGGAAAGUUUGAUCCAGCGUCGCCAUGCAUCACGGUUCUUCUCCCACUCAACCUACACCAAUCAGACGUUUGCGGUCGUGCUGGACAUUGACAAGCAGGCGGAUGAGCGUUCGCGACGGAUCGAGUUCACGCUCGUGCCAAAUCUGCUAACUUCGGUGCUGAAAAACCUUGGCAAUCUGCUGAGCGUACCGAGUGGUUGCGGUGAACAGAAUAUGGUCCGCUACGUACCGAAUAUCCUCGUGCUUGACUAUCUGACGGCGAUCGGAUCACGCGAGACACAGUUGAUCAAUCGUGCGACGGAACUGCUAAGGGUUGGUCAUCAGAAUCAGCUCCGGUAUCGGCAACCGGAUGGUUCGUUUGGUUUGUGGGCAGGAUCCGGUGGUGGUGUCUUUCUGACCGCUUUCGUCGGUAGUUCGAUGAAGAUCGCCUCGAAGUAUAUUACCGAUGUGGAGCCGAGCAUUGUGCGGCAAGCGUUCGAAUGGCUUGCCACUAAGCAGCACGAAACGGGACGGUUCGAUGCUGCCGGUGCGAUGUAUCAUCGCGAUAUGCAGGGUGGACUGCGUGAUGGCAUUGCUUUGACGUCGUACGUACUGAUUGCUUUCCUGGAGAAUGCCGAUGCUGCCCGUAGUCAUCCGAAGGUGAUCGAACGGGGCAUUCAGUACGUAACGGCAGCACUUCCCAACAUCAAAGAUGCUUAUGAUCUCUCGAUCGCAACGUACGCACUAUGGUUGGCUCGUCAUCCACUGCGGACUGAGGCACUGGAGCGACUGGACAACCUGAGUACCACAAAAAAUAACGGCACCGAGCGAUACUGGGUCCGAUCGGCGAACGGAAUCGAAACGACGGCCUACGCGCUCCUAUCGUACGUACUGGCCGAACGCUACCUCGAGGGUGUACCGAUCAUGCGCUGGUUGGUGGGGCAACGGUACGAAACCGGUAGCUUCCCCCGUACCCAGGACACGUUCGUCGGUCUGAAGGCGCUCUGCAAAAUGGCGGAAAAGGUAGCACCAGCACGGAACGAUUACUCGAUCCAACUGGUCUAUCCCCAUCGGCGUCGUGAGUUUCGCGUUACGUCCACUGACCUCGAGCAGAUGAGCUACGAUGAGUUCACGGACGCGACGAAUAAACUGGAGUUCCAUGUACAGGGCACCGGUUUCGGGCUGCUACAGGUGUCCUAUCAGUACGGUAUGGAGCUGACCAAGUUCGCCAACCAGUUCGUGCUGGAUGUGACCAAACGGAAUGGUUCGGCGGAGACGAAACUGGUGCUGGAUGUGUGCACCAGCUACAUGCCGAAGUUGAAGGACGAACGUUCGAAUAUGGUGCUGGUGGAGGUUAACUUUCCGAGUGGGUAUGUUGCGGAAAAGGAUCCACUGAGUGCGACCACCAACGUUAAUCCGAUAAAGAACGUAGAGAUUCGCUUCGGUGGUACGUCCGUGGUGCUGUAUUACAACAACAUGGGCACCGAGAGGAACUGCUUCGCGGUAACGGCGUACCGGCGCACACGAGUCGCACUCAAUCGGCCAGCCUACGUCAUCGUGCACGAUUACUAUGAACCAGAAAAGAAUGCCGUGAGGACGUAUGAGGUGGAGCGCCGGGAUGUGUGCGAGCUUUGCGAUGGGAGCAAAGAGUGCCGUGAGGUGUGCCAAGAAGGGUAGUGCUUGCUGUUUGUUUAAAUAACUGAUCGAAGAAUGAUAUCGGCAGGCAAUGGCAGAGAGUUGCCUUGUUGUAUAUUGCACAGAGAGCAUCCAGGAAUUCUAUGACAUUUGGUUUAAAUUGAAUCAUUAGUGUUUAAUAAAAAAUCAAUAAAUACUAUUUUCCAGUUAGCAGAACAACCACAAAAAAUAAAAUAUAUCAC